CAUAUCUAACGCGCGCUAGACAAUAAUGGCGAACACCAGAGACUUUUUGUAUCCUUUCCUGCAAACGAUUAUCUUCGAAGCUGUCGCGUUCUUAGUCAUCGACAUUAUUGUCAAAGAAAAUUUGAAACGAUCCCAGACGGCAAGAAGAAAGAAGAGACUUCUAGCAGCGGAAGGAUGUCUCUUCCUUUUGGUCUCACUUAUCGCAAUCCUGAGUGGUCGAAUUCCAAUCAUUAUGCUUACAACAGGUAUUGGAUGUAUCAUAACAUCAGCGAGCUCAUUUAGAGAGACCCAUAAAGACGUUGAGCGUACAUUUCUACGGAAAGUUGAGAAAAGUCCAGUUGGCGCCAUAUUGAGUCAUCAUCAAGGGCGGACAGAGAAGGCCAAGAAUGUGAUUAAGAGUCCUAUUGUGACUCCUGAGACAGAGCUAGGUCUCGGUUCGGAGUACACCGAGACUCGACUCUCCAGACGUCCUCUGAGGAGUCGAAAUCAAGCGGAUCCGAGAGUCCGCCCACUGGCUGGCAUUCCUGAAGACAUGGGAAACACACCGAAACGUCAUCGCUCUGAUUCCUUUCUCUCCGAGACUCAGGAAGAGAUGGAGGACGUACGAGAUCGUUCUCAGUCUGUAAAGACUGCUACUGUGUGGUCGGUCCCGUGGUGGCAUCGCUACGGAAUUUCUACUCUCUUCAACUAUCAGGCUCAUCAUCCACCGGGCAUUUCCAAUCGAUCAACAAACACUUGUUUUUUGAAUGCGUGUUUGCAAUGCGUUGCACGAGCUCCUGGCUUUCUCACUCGGAUACCUCUAAACGAUAAGCCCCGAUGUACCACGGAAUCGGUCGUGUAUUAUCUUCACAAGUUGAUGCAGCAGUUGUUGUUGCCGAAGGAAAAGUGGACAUUCGGUCACUUGUGUACGGAAACGUUUCGACGGUUCGCUCACUCGCUUCGGCCCGAUUUCAUUGCAUCACCGGAGAACGGAUAUCAAAAACAAAACGAUGCCGGAGAGUUUCUCAUAUGGUUACUCAACACGGUCCACGAAACAGUGAAGAUAUCGUGUCCGAGGGAUGCCGCGGAUGUUAAUACGAAGGCAGAUGUUAAUAUCAACUUUACCGAUGACUCACAAAUUAUCCAUUUGUGUAGAUCGCUACAGAACGGUCACAAGUAUCGUGAGAACAUCCUCGAUGCUCUUGUCAAUGCAUGUAACGAACGGUUAAACAGUUUAGGUCGUGAAUCGGCCAACUCUUACCACCUGGCGGUACGACUCCUCGUUGCUUCAGAAUGGGCCUUGUAUUCGAUGAGAAAUAACUCGGUGGUGACCUCAUUAUUUACCGGCCAGCUACUGGAAAAGAGAAAAUGUCUGAGUUGUCAACGCAUUUCGGUAAGUGCAGAAGCUUUCGUUCUCUUACCGGUUCCCGUCGUAUCAUCUAAUGCUGGCGGUGUACCUCGUCUGAUGGAUUGUUUAAUGAGAUUUGGUCAAUUGGAAGUGCUCGGUCCUCAAGAGAGACUGCGGUGUCCGUGCAAUGAGUUACAAUCGGCAUCCAACGGAGUCAUGAAAUGGUGUGGUAAUCGUCAAGCUUUCUUCUCGAUGCUCCCGGAAUGUCUCAACAUCCAGUUACAACGAUUUUCGUACAAUAUCCAUGCCAGAGUUGUGGAGAAGAACCACACGCCUGUCGACUUCCCGCUAGACAACCUCGACCUGUCGGACUUGACACUCAAUAAUUUCGUUCAGACAAAACCCUCACAGCACUGCCUGUACAGUCUGUAUGGAGUGUGUGUCCAUCUCGGCAGUCACAGUGCAUCGUGUGGCCACUAUGUGGCAUACUGUCUAUGCGACGAGGACGGGAAAUGGUAUAGAUUUGAUGAUGAGGUCGUGCGUGAAGCCGACAUGGAAGCAGAGAAACUAAACAGAACUCUCAGAGAAAAUGCCUACAUUUUAUUUUAUAAAAGGAAAUCAUAGAGAUACAUUAACAUAUUGAGAACAUGUUGAUAUCAAUAAAAUAAUCAGCAUUCGAUUCCAAGCAUCUCCAACAGACCGUCUAGAACUGCAAACUUGUACUGUUUUUUGUCUUCAGAAAUUGGUAAAUUCAUAAUAUGAAAACGGAUGUCGUCAACCAAUGGGACUGAGUCUGUUUCUUCACGUUUCCUGAUUGUCUCAGCAUCUUCUUUAAUAAUUGCUGCCAAUUCUUUGUUAUCAAUGAGCUGAUUUUUGCAUAAUAUAUUUUAUUAAUUUAAUUAAUUGAUUGUGGUGGGUACAUACCAA